GACCCUUUAAUGAUGUCUUCACAGCCGCUCUCCCCCUCGCCCCCACUCGCUGUGCACCAUGAACUUCCACUGAGAAACCCUCCCGGCGGGUCGCACCUCUGCGGGGUGGAGCUGCCUGACGCGUCGCGCGGCCCACACUUCACUAUCCUCGCGCGGUCUGAGAUGCGUGUUUCUGAAAUGAGGGGGGCGUGUGUUGCGCCGUGAACGCAGCAGCGCAGCAGCUGGAGCAGCAGUCCGCUCGUCCCUCCGCGCGGCGCCGCAGGAUGCUGCAAGAGGGGUCUUCACUUUAAGCCAGUCCAGCAGCCAAUGUUCAUGAUGCCUUCACUGUCCAGGUUUGGGUGGGCUGUUUACUGUCUCCUUCUGCUCUGGAGGAGAACAGCAGCUGAAAGCGUGGAGAUGCGAUGCUCUGCGGCUGCUCCGGUGGGGGAGCUGCACCCUGUUCGGGCUCUGCUGGAGAGGUUUGAGGCUGGCCCUGGCUGCGCCGCGAGAGAACGCGGGAACAAGGAGACUCAUGUCAUCGCAGUGGGCAGAGUGACAAACAGCCCCGGAAACAGGGUGACGGUGCUGCUGAAGCCUUUGUCUCCAUCCCCCUCACCUCUCCGAGCCCUCCACCUGCUGCUCAGCUCCAGGCUUCCGGUCACCUGGUCGCUGGAGGCUGAGAGACUGCCCCCCAACCUCCCAGUGCUGGUGCAGUUAUCCUCAAACUCCAGCGUACAGUCACACAGUCUGCAUUUACAUGUUCAAACAGUGCAUUCACUACCUUUUCAUCCACGUGCGCUGCACCGCUGGGCUCUGAGGCACCACGGCAACCUGUCCUCUCUGACACACACUACACACGGCAAUCGAGUCUACACCUCACUGGGAGAGGAUCCAACCCUGCCUGCUGUGUGCCAGCUGCAGUCCAUGUUCCUCUCUCACAACUACAUGACCUCUGACCUGCAGCAACAGGAAGUGCAGGGCUGCGCCAACACACCAGCAGAUGGGAUCGCCCCUGAAGUCCACGUGAUCAGGCUCCAUUCAGCGGGCUCAGGGCUCUGUGGCUCUCUCCAAGUGGAGGUGACUGUCUCUCUUGUGCCCCUUGUGGCCAACUCGAACACCCAGAAGGUUGUGCUGAUUCUCAGCAGCUCGGUGCCAGUCAACUGGGCCAUUACUGCUCAUGGUGUCCGGGGUCAUAUCUCUGUUCAUUCCUCCAACAGCGUAUCCCCGCCCUACCCACCUGAGCCUGACCUGACCCUGUCCAGUGCACUCAGCUCUGACCUGUCCACCAUACCUGACCUUCUUGUGUGGGCCAGUGAGAGCGGCUACACCCAGGUGACCUCAUACACUGAGGCUGACAUAGCCAACCGCUUUGUGAUCCAGCUGGCUGGGGGCGGGACAGACGGGCUUGCAGUGAUGAAUCCUCUGGCUGUGAAGCCUUCCUGGGCUGAGGAGCACAGGCUGAGGCAGUGGCUGAACGGUGGAGGCAGAGCAGGAGGAGGCCGAGAGAGUUUCACGGUGCAGUGUGAGGACGGACGCCUCAGCGUGACCAUGGACCAACACAUCCUGCAGAGCUUGUCUGGCCCAGUGGCUGCCGUGACUCUACGAGAUGUGGCGUGCCAGGCUCAGUCCAAUGGGAGCCAUUUCCUGUUGGUGUUCCCAGUCAUUUCCUGUGGGACUGAGGGUCUGCUCCUGGGACAGCCCAGAGGGGUGCAGUACAAAAACAUGGUGUUAUUGUGGAGGGACAUGCCUCAGACCAUUCUGGCACUCAAUGAGACAGGAAAGAAGUCCAAAUCUCCACUCGGCAUACAUUUCAGCUGUUUGUCUGCAGUCCCCACCGCCCCCAGCCCUGCAGACACUGGUGAUGUUAAUGUAAACACUCCUCAGGCAGGGCUGGUCCCAUGGGCACCUGGGGGUCCAGGGCCUGGCCCAGGACUGAGCCGCCUACUGACACCCAGACGCAGAUCUGGUCCUGCUCUGAUUUUGAAGCUUUUUGUCACUGAGAGCUAUAAGCAGGAACGGAUUGGCCCCUGUGUCAUAACUGCAGACCACCGUGUCUAUGUUGAGAUUUCAGCCAGUGGGCCCUCCAUAGAGGUUGUAGCGGUGAAGUCAUGUGUGGUCUCCCCUCUGUCAGACCCCAAAAAGCCUCGUUUCUGGACUGUCAUAAGGGAUGGCUGCUCCUCAGACCCCUCACUGACCCUUGAUGCAAAAAAAGAAGAGGAAGAAGAAGACGCCAAAGGUGAUGGUGAUCUGGAAGAGGAGAAGGAAGAAUUGGAGGGCCUGGAGAAAGGCAGAGCAUAUGACAGAGAUGGAGAUGCCUCUCUCCGACACACGGAAAAGAGCAGCACAAGUAUGGGGGCAGAGGAGGAGAUACAACCCUUGAGAUUUAGUUUCAUCCUGCGGCCAGUUUAUAAUGACUCUAUGCAGUUCCUUCACUGCAGCCUCCUUCUGUGUGUCUCUGACUCUCCAAGAGGGGAACCUGCGAAGGAAAGAGUAAAGAACGACUGUCGGGGUCGGAUACGUAUCCCUCCACUUGUGUCUAGAUCACCCAGACAGCAGUGUGAGAUCAGAAACCUGUCCAGGCCCAUGGUGGUCACCCAGACUAUUAGUUCACUGGUACCCAAACUGAGGAGGCCCCCUGCUGGCCAAAGAACCAAGAGACUGAGCAGCCCCCCAGCGGCCAGUUCAGACCCAGAGCACAGCAGCUCUGCGGUGCAGACAGGAUCAGUGAUGGGAAUUGUCUUUGCUGCCUUUGUGAUGGGUGUCUGUCUGAUGGGGGGGCUGUGGUGCAUCUAUUGUUAUACAGGGGCACGCCUAGCAUCACUUGGAGAAGAAGGUCAUUUAACAGACCAGACACAUGGAGUCCACAACCUCUGGAACCCAACUUCACUGCCUGAACAGUCCUCCAGCUCCGUGUAGAGGAUUUCCUCCCUGCAAAUCUGAGAGAGAAGAACUGGGACAGAGGUUCUAACAACUGUGUGUGUGUGUGUGUGUGUGUGUGUGUGCGUUUGUGUGUGUGUGCAAAGCCUGUUUGUGCAGUCCUCCUCACGAGCAUCAUCCAUCGCUGUGCAGCCCGGAUACGAGAGGACUGCAACCAUUUGAAUACUCUAGCACUUACUCAUCGCGGCAUUGUGAAAAGUCUGACGUUCGAUUCAAAGUGAAACGUUGUUUGUUUGAUGCUGCGAGCCAUUCUGCAGCAAGUCAUUUCAAAACUGGCAGCCGCCAACUCGUCACCUGAAGAGAUCUGGAUUCAACAGGACCUAAACUUGCUGGAGUGACUCAGACAGAAACCACGUCAUCUUUGUCUUUGGAGAGGAAACACGAGGUCAAAGAUGAAUCGAGAGGUCACUGAGCGUGUCUGUUUGAAGCGUCAGUGUUUUACAGAGUCAUUUUCACUAUUCGUGUUGUAACUGUGAAUCAGCUGGAUAUCAAAACUGCAUUUAUCUGUACGUGAAUUCUUUUGUGCUUAUGUGGCAAAGAGCUAAAAGCCGUGCCGACCUGCUGUGUCACUCUCGAAUCACAUGCGAGCCAAAUAAAGCAAAGGAAGUUGAUGUGUUGUGACCGAGUAUCCGCUACUGUAAAAUACAUUAAUGCAUUUGUUUGAAGCACUAAUAAAUGACUGUUGGCAGCAUAAGGGCAGCUGAGCAAGCUGUGAACACUACACUGACAUAUUUUCAACUUAUAAUGUUAACGUGGCUAACGUGUUAGCAAC